UCGGUGAGGGUGGUUUCCUUUUCCGACUAUCGACAAUCAGCAGAGGUAUUUUUGUCAUUGAAGUUGUAUUUUGUCUACGUGUGAAAUUGUGAUUUAAUUAUCAUUUUCCCGAGGAAUUCCUGACGAAUUUUCAAAUUCGAGGAUACCGAGAAGGGCGAAACAAUGACGGACAGCCAAUAUGCUGCUUAUCAGCAGCAACAGCAAAAUUAUGGACAAUACAGUCAGCCUCCUCCAGUAGCUCAGGAUACAUCGUAUCCACCUCCAUCGGGUGCUUCGACUAAUUACAGUCAAUAUAGUCAACCCCCGCCAAGUGGUGGAAAUUAUCAGAAUUACAACAGCAGUUAUGGUGGAAAUAACAGCAGUGGUCAAGAUUAUAAUCAAUCCCAAAGUCAGGGUAGUUAUGGCCAAAGCAGUUACGGAUCCAGCGGUGGUUCUAGCAACAAUAAUAGUAAUAAUUACGGAGGUAGUAGUUAUGGAAGCGGCGGUGGUGGAGGUGGAGGCGGCAGCGGCGGAGGUUACAACCGAGGAGGAGGAGGUUCAGGGGGCUAUGGUAACAACCAGGGUGGUGGAGGAGGAGGUGGCGGCGGUGGCAAUCGAUACGGAGGCGAUCGAGGAAGCUACGGAGAUCGUUCAAGUGGCGGAUACAACAGUGGCGGUGGCCGUGGUGGUUAUAACAAAGGAGGAUAUGGCGGUGACCGAGGUGGUGGUGGCAGUGGUGAUGGAAUGGUUACACAAGAAGAUACGAUUUUCGUUUCUGGAAUGGACCCAACAGUAUCUGAAGAAGAAAUUUGCCAGCACUUUGGAGCAAUUGGUGUCAUUAAGAAUGACAAGAAGACCGGAAAGCCGAAAAUUUGGGUGUAUAAAGACAAAAACACCGGCAAGCCAAAAGGAGAGGCCACAGUCACUUAUGAGGAUCUGAAUGCGGCCCGAUCGGCCAUAGAAUGGUUCGACAAUAAGGACUUUAAGGGAUUCACGAUUAAAGUACAAAUUGCUCAACACAAAAGUAGUUGGUCUGGAGGCCGUGGAGGUGGUGGUGGUGGCGGCGGUGGUGGUGGUCGCGGAGGUGGUGGACGAGGCCGUGGAGGCGGCGGAUUCGGUGGUCGCGGUGGUGAUCGUGAUGACAGCCGUGGAGGCGGUGACGACAGACGUGACGGAGGUGGACGCGGUGCCGAUUGGAGGUGUUCGAAUCAAGACUGUGGCAAUACAAAUUUCGCUUGGCGCGAUCAGUGCAAUUUGUGCAAGAGCGCAAAACCUGAGGGAAUGGGAGGUGGUGGAGGCGGCGGCGGUCGCGGAGGAAGAGGUGGCGGUGGACGCGGUGGUGGCGGAUUCCGAGGAGGAGAUCGCGGAGGUCGUGGAGAUAGGGGUGGAAGAGGUGGCGGCGGUGGUUUCCGCGGCGGUGACCGUGGUGGUCGUGGAGGAGACCGAGGAGGUCGCGGAGGCGACAGAGGAGGUGGCCGCGGAGGCAGAGGAGGUCCAAUGAGAGGCGGAUCAAGAGGGGACAGAGAUCGCGAUCGUCAACGACCCUAUUAACUCUCCACGAAUGAAGAUGAUGCAUUUGCGUAAAAUUUUGCAUAGCGUGUAUAUUUUCGAAAUGACGCAAGCAUGUACGGUGUUUUUUUUUACGUUUCAUUAAAAAAAAUUUUUGUACUUGCAAUCUUAAGUGACUCGUGUAAAAACAAUCGUUAAAUGAUUGUCGGAAUCUUAACAAGUAAAUUUUUAAAUUUAGAUUUUUUUUUUUUAAUUUUGUCAGUCAUUGUCAUCAAAUACGAAUUAAAUUAAAAUACGACUGUUAAUAUAAAUAAUAGUUGACACAUUAGUUACAUUAAGUUAGGAUAAUGAUUAAAGAAAAAAACUGUGUCUCAAAAAUCAGCAUUAUUAUGCUGUGUAAGUUUUUUUUUUCCAAAACUAGAUGUGAACACUUAGCUGUGUAAAAAUAAAUAUCUGUAAAGUAUUAUAACCAAAA